CCCGGCCGGGUCUCGGGGCGGGGCGUUUGCUCGGCCUUUCCAGGGCCGUGGAACCCCAGGAGGAAGCUGCUGAACCAUGGGCGCCUACGCGCAGGCUGCGGGGGUCAGCGCUCGCGGCUGCCUGGACGCAGCAGGCCCCUGGACCAUCUCCCGCGCCCUGCGGCCACUGCUCCCGCCUCUCUGCUUUUUCCUUUUGUUGUUGCUGGCGGCUCCCGGUGCUCGGGCCGGGGGAUACGAGACAUGCCCCACAGUGCAGCCGAACAUGCUGAACGUGCACCUGGUGCCUCACACACAUGAUGACGUAGGCUGGCUCAAAACCGUGGACCAGUACUUUUAUGGAAUCAAGAAUGACAUCCAGCACGCCGGUGUGCAGUACAUCCUGGACUCGGUCAUCUCUGCCUUGCUGGCAGAUCCCACCCGUCGCUUCAUUUACGUGGAGAUUGCCUUCUUCUCCCGUUGGUGGCACCAGCAGACAAAUGCCAUGCGGGAAGUCGUGCGAGACCUUGUGCGCCAGGGGCGCCUGGAGUUCGCCAACGGUGGCUGGGUGAUGAACGAUGAGGCAGCCACCCACUACGGUGCCAUCGUGGACCAGAUGACACUCGGGCUGCGCUUUCUGGAGGACACAUUUGGCAGUGACGGGCGACCCCGUGUGGCCUGGCACAUUGACCCCUUCGGCCACUCUCGGGAGCAGGCCUCGCUGUUUGCGCAGAUGGGCUUUGAUGGCUUCUUCUUCGGGCGCCUUGAUUAUCAAGAUAAGUGGGUACGGAUGCAGAAGCUAGAGAUGGAGCAGGUGUGGCGGGCCAGUGCCAGCCUGAAGCCCCCGACCGCGGACCUCUUCACUGGUGUGCUUCCCAACGGUUACAACCCGCCAAUGAAUCUGUGCUGGGAUGUGCUGUGUGUCGAUCAGCCAGUGGUAGAGGACCCCCGCAGCCCCGAGUACAACGCCAAGGAGCUGGUCGAUUACUUCCUAAAUGUGGCCACUGCCCAGGGCCGGCAUUACCGCACCAACCACAUUGUGAUGACCAUGGGCUCGGACUUCCAGUAUGAGAACGCCAACAUGUGGUUCAAGAACCUUGACAAGCUCAUCCGGCUGGUAAAUGCACAGCAGGCAAAAGGAAGCAGUGUCCAUGUUCUCUACUCCACCCCCGCUUGUUACCUCUGGGAGCUGAACAAGGCCAACCUCACCUGGUCAGUGAAACAUGACGACUUCUUCCCUUACGCGGAUGGCCCCCACCAGUUCUGGACCGGUUACUUUUCUAGUCGGCCGGCCCUCAAACGCUACGAGCGCCUCAGCUACAACUUCUUGCAGGUGUGCAACCAGCUGGAGGCGCUGGUGGGCCUGGCAGCCAACGUGGGACCCUAUGGCUCAGGAGACAGUGCACCUCUCAAUAAGGCGAUGGCCGUGCUCCAGCAUCACGACGCUGUCAGUGGCACCUCCCGCCAGCACGUGGCAGACGACUACGCACGCCAGCUUGCUGCAGGCUGGGGGUCUUGCGAGGUUCUCCUGAGCAACGCGUUGGCGCGGCUCAGAGGCUUCAAAGAUCACUUAACCUUCUGCCGACAGCUAAACAUCAGCAUCUGCCCGCUCAGCCAGACGGCGGCGCGCUUCCAGGUCAUCGUUUAUAAUCCCCUGGGGCGGAAGGUGAAUUGGAUGGUACGGCUGCCGGUCAGCGAAGGCGUUUUCGUUGUGAAGGACCCCAAUGGCAGGACAGUACCCAGCGAUGUGGUGGUAUAUCCCAGCUCAGACAGUCAGGCGCACCCUCCGGAGCUGCUGUUCUCAGCCUCACUGCCCGCCCUGGGCUUCAGCACCUAUUCAGUAACCCAGGUGCCUCGUUGGAAGCCCCAGGCCCGCGCACCCCAGCCCAUCCCCAGGAGAUCCAGGUCCCCUGCUUUAACCAUCGAAAAUGAGGUGAGACCCCAUUUCAAUCCCCUUUCCUGUGACAAAUUUGAAGUGUCAUGUCUCACCUCCCCCAACCCCAGGUACAACGCCAGUAUAGGUGACAACGAAAGUGACCAGGCCUCAGGUGCCUACAUCUUCAGACCCAACCAACAGAAACCACUGCCUGUGAGCCGCUGGGCUCAGAUCCGCCUGGUGAAGACGCCCUUGGUGCAGGAGGUGCACCAGAACUUCUCAGCCUGGUGUUCCCAGGUGGUUCGCCUGUACCCAGGACAGCGGCACCUGGAGUUGGAGUGGUCGGUGGGGCCGAUACCUGUGGGUGACACCUGGGGGAAGGAGGUCAUCAGCCGUUUUGACACACCGCUGGAGACAAAGGGACGCUUCUACACAGACAGCAAUGGCCGGGAGAUCCUGGAGAGGAGUCUCCCGCAGUUCUCCGGGUUGCGCAGGGAGCUGCCGCCCUCGGUGCACCUGCUCACGCUGGCUAGCUGGGGCCCCGAGAUGGUGCUGCUGCGCUUGGAGCACCAGUUUGCCGUGGGAGAGGAUUCCGGACGUAACCUGAGCGCCCCCGUUACCUUGAACUUGAGGGACCUGUUCUCCACCUUCACCAUCACCCGCCUGCAGGAGACCACGCUGGUGGCCAACCAGCUCCGUGAGGCAGCCUCCAGGCUCAAGUGGGCAACAAACACAGGCCCCACACCCCACCAAACUCCCUACCAGCUGGACCCGGCCAACAUCACGCUGGAACCCAUGGAAAUCCGCACUUUCCUGGCCUCAGUUCAGUGGAAGGAGGUGGAUGGUUAGGUCUGCUGGGAUGGCCCCUCCAAGCCCAAGCCCCCUGCUCCGGGGGCAGAGCAGACUCUCACUCUCCUCUUGGGGCUGCUGCCAUUAAAAUGCUACUACUAAGACUCAG